AAAAUAAAAUUAUAUUUAAGAUCAUGAUAAGUGAUAAUUACAACCACUAUCCAAAAUAAGAGCAUGGCUUAAGUAAGGUAAAAAGAAGAGGGGGAAACAGUUUAUUUUUUUAUGCGUAAUAGAUUUGAUUGACUCCAAGAAUUUCAAAAAUGUCUAUGCGACCUGAUGACCAUAGACGCAAAUGGAACAGAGAAGAGUAUGAAAGAAUAGCACUUCAACGUCUGCAGGAUGAAAUUGCAGAAGAAGAAUUGGGAAUUCCAAAACAACCAGCGGUAAAAAGAGAAUUGCUCAAACAAAGAGAUUACAAAGUUGAUCUUGAAUCUAAAUUAGGAAAAAGUGUUGUUAUUAAUAAAAAUACUCCAUCAUCACAAACUGGAGGGUAUUAUUGUAAUGUUUGUGAUUGUGUUGUCAAGGAUUCAAUUAAUUUCUUAGAUCACAUCAAUGGCACCAAACAUCAACGUAAUUUGGGUAUGUCAAUGAAAAUAGAAAGAUCUACAUUAGAACAGGUUAAAGCUCGUUUUGCAAUGAAUAAAAAGAAAUUAGAAGAAAAAAAGAAAGAUUAUGACUUAGAGCAAAGAGUAAAAGAAUUAAAAGAAGAGGAAGAGAAAAUUAAAGAAUAUAGAAAAGAGAAAAGAAAAGAUAAGAAAAGAAAAAUUGAAGAAGUCAAUGAAGAUAAUGGAGGACCUUCAGAUGAAAUGGCAGCAAUAAUGGGUUUCUCAGGUUUUGGUUCUAAAAAAAAGUGACAAUGAAAUAUUAUCGGAUCAUUUGAUGAAAUAAUGCCUUCUCAAGAUGUAUUUUAAGAAAAGAUCACAAUUAAUUUCUUUAAAAUAUAUUUCAUUGAAAAAUCAACAUUGAACACUACAAGAUCAGGGAUAAAUAAGACUGAUCUUAAUGUAAAAAUUUAACUUUGUAAAUAUUUAAGUUUACAAUAUAAUUUCAUUUAUUCCCUUUUUCUUGUAUGAUCAAUGUUUUGAAUGUACAAAUAAUUCUUAUUUCUAUCCAAUAUUAAACAACAAUUAAUUUCUUAAGCAUAAUGAAAGUAUGUUCAUUUAGUGAAUAAAAAAUACAGUAAAAGUAUUAUGAAAUAUAUAUGGAAUAAUUUUAAUUGUAUAAAUCAUUUAUUAUUAAUGUAUUUUAAAUUCAUUGCAAUAAUUAAAAAUAAGCUUUA